AUGCGCAAUGAACUAAAGGAGGUAAGAGACAAUGUCUCCAUAUUAAGGGACACAAUCCUCGCGUGCAGUAAAAAUUUAGAGGAAAUCGAUACCAGGGUCACCAAGUUGGAGAAUCGAAUGGAAGAACAGGUGCAUAAGUGCGAGUUCAAGGAGCUCGAAGAGACAAUUGGUGAAUUAAGGAUCCAACUAAACGAGAGGGAUCAAGACCUAUUAGCCAAUGACUUCGAAAUAUCGGGAAUACCGGAACAAAAGGGUGAAAAUGCAAUUAACACUGUUUUGUUAUGCGCUAAAAAGUUAGGUCUUGAUGUUGAUCAGCGUAAAAUGGUCCAUGCCGAGCGCGUCGGUAACUUACGCAAAGCUAUUAACAGCUCUCAAGAAGGAGUUCCUGUGGGACCACGUAGAAUUGUGGUGCGGAUGAGCCGGCGUGCGCUACGAGAUGAAUUUAUACGUUCGGCCCGUGUGCGGCGCACCUUAACCACUGAGUCCCUGGGGUUACCCGCACAAGCUCUCGCCGUGGUCCAAUUUUCGGUGCUCGUGUCCAGAUUUUUCCGGACGAGCGUUCGCAAUUCCGGCGGCGGCGGAGUUUUUAUAGCGGCCGACGCAAAUAUGCGGUUUAAUGUACUAGUCGCG